UCAAAGCAUACGAACUUCCUCUACUCAUAGGUGCUACUAAUCAACAUGAGGCCGCUUACAGAAUCCGAGACGAAGACUCUCUUCGAGAAACUCGCAACGUAUUGCGGCAAGGGAAUCCAAAAUUUAAUCGAUGAUCCAAAUUCGAAAUCCGAUCGCAUGGUAUUUCGCAUUCAGAAAGACCGCGUUUACUACGUCCGCGAAAGCUUAGCAAAUCUUGCGACAUCUGUGAAGCGCGAAGCACUUCUCUCUCUCGGCACGUGUCUUGGAAAAUUCACCAAGACUGGCAAAUUCCGACUUCACGUCACCUCUCUAUCGAUUAUCGCACCGCAUGCGCGCUAUAAGGUUUGGGUGAAGCCCAAUGGUGAAAUGCCUUACCUGUAUGGAGGCAAUGUUUUGAAAGCUCACGUCGGAAGGUGGAGCGAGGACUGCCCGGAACACCAAGGUGUUAUUGUUUUGAACAUGAGCGAUACCCCUCUUGGCUUCGGAGUAUCCGCAAGAUCCACCGCUGAAGCACGCCGAUUGGACCCAACUGGUAUUGUAACGUUUAGACAGGCGGAUAUUGGAGAGUAUCUGAGAGAAGAGGACACUCUCUUCACCACCUGAGCGAUUCCAAUCUGGAUUUGUGUUACGAAUUUUGAGGAUAAGACACAUGGCGACAAUGGCAAUUUAGACAAGCUACCUUGCAAGUCAAAGACAUAUGAGACAAACGCGAUUUAGGAUGCUGGCGGAUCGAUGAAGGAAAGCUUCUGUUCUCGAAUGAGCCAGCCGAUGGGGUUGUUUGGGGGAAUCUAAGGAAGAGCCACUGGCGUUAUAUGUGCCGAUACCAUAAACAUUGAGAUACCCACGCAGUAGAAGGGGAUAGCCUAAGAAUCCACCAUUACCAUAUCUCCGACCUAGCACCACGAACCACGGCAUUCACCCGCUGAAGCUGGUAUGAUUCGC